AUGAUCAUCACGAACGAUCCGAGUGUGAUUCGUGCCAUGACAGACACGCGAUCCAAGUUCAGCAGAGGUCAUUGGUAUAAGGGAAUGCGCCUAGAUCCGAGAAUCAACAAUACCCUGUCCGAACAAGACGAGAGCCGCCACCGGCAACUACGUGCCAAGCUCUCACCUGGGGCACACAUCCCAUCGCUGGAAUCGAGAGUGGACGACAGGGUCGUGGAGGUAGUCCAAGUGCUAGAACGAUACGUUGCUAAGCCAGAACCUGCUGACUUCGCGCGGAUCGCCCAAUAUUUUGCGCUCGAUGUCUUGACAGACCUGGCAUUCGGUCGACCUUUCGGCUUUCUCCGCAAGGAGCAAGACCUGUAUGCCUAUGUCAAGACCAGUGCGAAGUUUUUGCCAUUGAUGGAGCUGUGCAACAAUCAUCCAUGUAUACACUACCUCUUGUCGAACACAUUGGUGGCGUCGAUUGCAGGUCCGAAACCGACGGAUAAGACCGGACUUGGUGCAGUUAUGGGGGUGGUCCAGAGGAUGAUAGGCGAUCGCUACCGAGAAAAUGUCGACUGUGGUCAUAGCAGAGACAUGCUCGACUCUUUCAUCAUCCACGGGCUGACCCAAGUCGAGGCUGAAAGUGAGUCGUUGUUGCAGAUCCUCGCAGGGGCCGACUCGACUGCGACCUGUAUCCGCAUGACGCUGUUGUACCUAUUGACCAACCCAGCAGAGUAUCUCAGACUGCGACACGAGGUGCGUAGGGCUGUGGUGUGUAGGCUGUCAUCAAGUCCUGUCAUUCAGAACCAGGAGGCAUUGCAGUUACCUUACCUGCAAGCAUGUAUCAAAGAGGGACUCAGACUAUGGGUGCCUCUAAACGGCCUCAACACCAAAGUUGCUCCACCAGAGGGGAUUUGGAUCAGUGGCCUAUGGAUUCCAGGUGGAACUCAAGUUGCACAUGCACACCACGCCAUGAUGCGCCGACAAGACAUUUUUGGAGAAGAUGCAGACUUCUUCAGACCUAGUCGAUGGGUCUUAGGAAGCUCAGAUGAGAUCAAGUUCCGAGAACGAGUCUGGGAACUUUCCUUCAGUCACGGUCGCUCAAUCUGCUUGGGUCGACGGAUAGCUCUGAUGGAAAUGAACAAGGUCCUUUUCGAGCUAUUUCGGCGGUUCGAAUUUGGACUCAUGGACCCUGUGAGACCAAUCAGAUCCAGGUGCCAUCAGAUCCACAUUCAAGACCAGAUGUAUGUCGGCGUGCGGGCCGCCGAUUCAGGAUGCCAGUGA